AUGCCAGAUCCCCGAAAACUAGCACCCAUCGAAACUACACAGCGUUCAGAAAUUCUUCCAAUUGCCGUUCGUCCACCGACAUCUUACGUUCCUAAUCAUGAAACCUUUUUAGAAAAGGCUGAUAUUCAUCGCCUGAAGCCCACUAGUGAUUUCAAAGCAACAUUUAAAGAUUGGAACGACUUGAUGACUUGCAACAAGCGGCAGUUGCGAGUAAGGGGCAUUCCGCGGAUGACUCGACAUGCCAUUAGAAGUGCCGUCCUUGCAUUUCAAAAUGGCAAUCCUCCUGAGCAGUUUGAUACAAAGGAAGAGUGGUUGUACUACAAGCAGUUUAAAACGAUAGACUUUAGUUAUCGGGUGAUUCCGGAGCUCCCAGAAAAAUACCGGCCUCAUCAAAAUGGAGUUGAUCAGGCACCAAUACCGGACUAUCGCGAGAUUAACAGAAUGCCUGAAUGGGCCAGAAAGGAAGAGGAGCGCUUAGCCAAGGAAGCGAAACCAUGA